AUGAUGGCGUUUACGUCCUCGGCGUUCACCAUGCCCAGCACCCGCCCGCAGAACACCCGUGAGGCCGUGGGCUCCAUCGCGCCGCUGCCCGCGGGACCCCCGGCCCCCGCCGUGCCCGGUCGCCGCUCUCCCUGCUCUGCCGCGAUGGCUUCCAGCGGGGAGGAGACGAGCGGCGGCUCCCCGAGCCGGGCAGGCGGCGGCACCGAACCGCCCAGCCCGGAACCGGCCGCGGUCGGCGCCUCUCAGCUGGACGGCGCGGAGGAUUUCGAGGUUCUGGAGGAGGACGAGGACGACCUGAGCGAGCUGCCGCCGCUGGAGGACGUGGGACGGGCGCGGGGACCGCUGCGGGAGGGCGCCCAGUCCUCAGAGCGAGGCCCAGGGGAAGCAGCCGAGGAGCCCCAGGAGUGGCUCGACGUCUUGGGGAGCGGCUUGCUUAAGAAGAAGACACUCGUGCCAGGUCAGGGGGUGGAGAGCCGGCCCCGCAAGGGCCAGGAUGUGACUGUCCGUCUGAGGGCCAUGCUGGAGGAUGGCAGUGUGGUGGAGGAGAACCCCAGCCUCACCUUUACCCUGGGAGACUGCGACGUAUUGCAGGCUCUGGACCUCUGCGUACAGCUUAUGGAGAUGAGAGAAACGGCUUUGAUUAUGUCAGAUGCCAAGUACUGCUAUGGUGUACAGGGCAGGAGCCCUGACAUCCCACCCAACGCAGCACUCACACUGGAGGUGGAGCUGCUGGAGGCUCGGGAUGCACCAGACCUGGAGCUGCUCAGUGGGAAGGAGAAGAUAGGCCUGGCCAACCGCAAGAGGGAACGAGGCAACUUCUACUACCAGCAGGCAGAUUAUGUGCUGGCCAUCAAUUCCUACGACAUCGCUCUCAAAGUCAUCAGCUCCAGCUCAAAAGUUGAUUUCACCCCAGAUGAAGAGGCUGAGCUGCUGGACGUGAAGGUGAAAUGUCUCAACAAUCUGGCAGCCUCUCAGCUUAAACUGGACCAUUAUGAGGCAGCCCUGAAGUCUUGUAACCUUGUUCUGGAGCACCAGCCAGAGAACAUCAAGGCACUUUUCCGAAAGGGCAAGGUCCUGGCCCAGCAGGGCGAGUACAGAGAGGCCAUCCCCAUCCUAAAGGCGGCUUUGAAGCUGGAGCCUUCAAACAAGACCAUCCAUGCUGAGCUCUCAAAGCUGGUGAAGAAGCACGCGGACCAGAAGACGGUGGAGACGGAGAUGUACAGGAAGAUGCUUGGGAAUCCCAGAGCCAGCAGUGCCCCGGUGAAGUGCAAAGACAAGCUGACCUGGUCCAUCCCUUGGAAGUGGCUCUUCGGUGCGACAGCCAUCGCGCUUGGUGGCGUGGCCCUGUCUGUGGUCAUCGCUGCAAGGAACUGAGGACGGCGGUGGGGAGCCCGGCGCUGGGAUGUGCCUCACUCCUGCCAGGGGGUCCAUGAGGCUCUGCUCUCUUCCCCGUUCCUUGUGGACUCACAGAUGCUCUCCUGGCAGGAGGUACCACGUCCCCCCUAUCCUGACCGUCACCCAGCACCCCCAAACCUCGUCCUGUUGGGGACAGAGCCGCAGGCAAAGCAGAGACCCCGCAGCCCUGAAUGCGUCAGGGGCAGCCUGACCUCCCG